CAGGAUUGGAUGCUCAGUUUCGUUAGAAGAACAGUGCUGACAAGUUGUUCUUGAUUGAAUUAUUGAAUCAGGAAUUCGAUUAAGGAACAUAAGCAAUGCCUCUCAUCACUUUAUUUGGAUCACCUAGUGGUAUUAUGGAUCGACUUGAAGGCACUCCUUCUUCACCCAGUAAACUCUUGGAACUUCACGAUAUGAUAUCUGAUGAGGAAGAUGAAUUUUUUGAUGAUUACUCUGUAGUAGAUAGUGAUGACGAGAAGAAAUCUGAUUUUUUCCGAGCUCCGACUCUAACUGUGCAGCCUUCACUUGUGGACUCCACACCACAUAGAGGAAUAACAAGAAAAAUAUUCACGAAUACGAGAGAAAGAUGGAGACAGCAAAAUGUCAGUGGAGCAUUUGGGGAAUUGAGGAAAUUGGUUCCAACGCAUCCACCAGACAAGAAAUUAUCAAAGAAUGAAAUUCUCAGGAUGGCUAUAAGAUAUAUCAAACUAUUGAGCAGCAUUGUAGAAUGGCAACAGGAGAACAGAAAUGAUGUCAUCAUCUGUGAAUCUGUUUCAUCAUAUUCACAAUUAUUUUGCUCCAGCAGUAAAUAUACAAGAUUGAGAUCAAGAAGACAUUUAGUCUCACUUGAUAGCCAGCCCUUUUUCUGUGACAAAAAUGGAAAUAAUUUACUUAUGAUUGCUCCUAACAACCAUCUACCUUUAUCGACUAAAAAACUUGGUAACGAUACCAAACAUGGUAAAAAUAUAAAGCAAGAAAACGACGAGCGAGAUGAAGGAGAUUCGAAUAGUAGCUAAAAUAAUUAUAAAUGCUGUUAUGGUUAUUUUUUACUCUCUUAGAGGUACUAAUGUUUGAGUAAGAAUAUUGAAUUCACAAUUCAUUAUUGUUCGGUUAUAGAUUUCUUGUUGGUGUAAUUUCGAUAUUCCCGCUAAUAACGGGUGUUUUUUAAGAGGUUGCCGAUUUUUUUUUUGAAUAAAACACAUAUAAAAUUAUGAAAUGACCAAAAUUUUAUUUUAUUUGGUAGAUAAUUUUUUGCAUUUAACAUUUAAACACAAUUUGUGGCAUAUGGCCACCACGACUAUUUUUCACAAAUGUCAUUCUGGAGGUCCAAUUUUCGACCACUUUUUCAAGCAUUUGAGGGCGUAUGUCAGCAAUGACACGUUGAAUAUUGGUUUCCUAAGCGUCAAUCGAUUGAGGUUUAUCCACAUAAACCAAUGACUUCACGUAUCCCCACAAAAAAUAAUCGAGUUGCGUCAAAUCGCACGAACGCGGAGGCCAAUUCACCGGACCAUUUCUCGGAAUAAUGUUGUCGUUGAAAGUUUCUUUCAAUAAGUCGAUUGUUUCUAGUGCUAUAUGGCAAGUGGCACCAUCUUGUUGAAACCACAUUUCAUCCAUAUCCAUAUCUUCAAGAUUUGGCAACAAAAACUCAUUGAUCAUGGUUCUGUAUCGAUUUCCAUUCACGGUAACGCGUUGUCCUUCCUCAUUUUUAAAGAAAUAUGGACCGAUGAUCCCACCAGCCCAUAGACCGCACCAAACAGUACAUUUAUCAGGAUGCAUUGGUAAUUCUUGAACGGCGUUGAUUAUCUUUGCUCCAAAUGCGACAAUUUUGCUUGUUGACGUAUCCAUUUAACCAAAAAUGCGCCUCAUCACUGAAGAGAAUUUUACGGUAAAAAAAUGGAUCUUCGUUCAAUUGAUUUAACGACCAAUCACUGAUUCACGGCGCAAACGAUGGUCGUGUGGCUUUAAUUCUUGCGCCAAUGGAAUUUUGUAUGGUACCAAACUCAAAUCUUUACGUAAAAUUUUCCAUAAAGUCGAUGGACAAAGUCCAAUUUGCAGAGCACGACGACGAAUCGAUAAAUUGUCGUUUUCUUCGACACUGGCCUCAACGACAGCAAUAUUUUCUUCUGUACGAACUCUUCUCCUUCUUGUCGGUGGCUUGGCAUCCAAAAGAGUAAAUGUAGAUCGAAAUUGGGUAAUUACGUUCUUUAUGGUGGUCUCUGACGGACGAUUAUGUGCACCAUAAAAUUCACGAAGUGCUCUAUAAACAUUUUUAAUUGAACACUGAUUUUGAAAAUAAAUUUCCACGAUUUGAAAACGUUGUUCUGGAGUUAACCUAUUCAUAAUGAUUUGCCAAACAAUACUGAGUAGAAAUGCCACUUUGAGCUGUCAAAAUAACUGUCAUAAAAUAGAAUGACAUCUAUCGGAAAAACAAACCUAAAAAAACACCCGUUAUAUUAUUUUGAAGAAUAAAACGACUUUUGUUAGUUACUCAUUUGUUGCUAAAUCCUUUUACGGUUUAUGAGUUUAUUAUCGCUCUCAAGAUGUUUACUUAUAUUGCAUUACAAGCUCGUUUAUGUCCGAGGUAUACUGUUUUGUCGGCGUCUUCCUUGUUUUGACAUCUGUGAUAUUUGAAUUCGUCAUCCGUAUACACUUACCCGUUGUUUUCGGUUUUUGUAUCAUUUUCGUUACAAUAUUUUGAUACUACAUUUAUCAAAGAACUGAACUGAGCUAUUCGCUUCGAAAAAUUGCCAAUGCUGUGUUUUCCAAUUCAAUAUGUUCCAUUCAAAUUGCAAUUUAUUUGUGAAGACAUCAGUUUUGAAUUUAUUAUACAGGGUGUUCCUAAAUUGAAGGUACAAUCGAAAAUGUUAAAUGACAGAUUCUUCGGAUCCCCUUAUUGAAAUAAAGACCCACAAGAAAUUCAAUUUAAAUUCGGCAUAGAUAUUUCAAUUUAAAAAUUUUAUCGUGUGAUAUAAUAAUUUUGAUGCAAAUCUACAGGGUGAUAUUUUUUUCUGAAAGAGUCUUC